AUGGAAGAAAGCCCCGACGCUGCGGAACCUCCUCUAUCGGUUCAAGACCAGCGUGGCUCCGAGUUGGACUUGUUUGUCCGUCAUAACCCUGAUCAAUUACAAAAAAUUCCUGAUUUACGCGCCCAAAUCGAGUCAAUUCUUGCGUCGUUGGACUCAUACUCUACCGCUCUCGGUGAAGGAAAGGGUAUCGCUAGGCACCUGAACGUACCUUUACUCGGCAGCAGAUUGGAAGACAUCAUUGGCGGCUCCUUCAGCAGCCCUUGCCCGCGUGUCGUUGAGAAAAGUGGUCCGGGGAAUGACUAUGGAGUUACUCCGGGCUGGGUAGAUCUGAUUAGGGACGCAAGACCUGGCCAGUUCGAACCCUAUGGCAAUGAAAUGGUUCAUUACCGUACGCAAGGUCUGACAAUAGAAAUGAACAAACAUGACCGGGAAGCAGUUUGCUCUCCUGUUUUUCGGAAGAUAUUCUGCUCGGGGCCCCUCCCCGAGGAUCUGAAAGCAGAGCAGGAGACUAUCACUGCCCUGCUAGGCGACAUGUCUGAGCUGGGUAAAGACAUGAUGCAAGCAUUUGCGAAGAUCCAACACGUCGUGAAACAACUCAAAGAUUAUAGCAGCAAUCUCUCGGGUUCGACCGGAAUCGCACCCUCCUCCCCUGAGCCUGUUGGCCAGGGGCCGAUCAUGUCUUCACGGCUUUCAUCUCUCGGAUCUUCAGUUGGGAAUUCGGGGAGUGAAGAGAAUUGCACCUUGCCAUUUGAUGGACCACAAACUCCCCCACCUGAUACCCGACUAGUGCAAACUCAGCAAAUCACGCCGCACGGAGCCCCUGCUGCAUCUGAAAGAGUAACCAUUUGCACAAACACCGGGGGGGAAGACGUGCUUCAUUCACAGCCUCGCCACCGCUGGACCAGGGCAGAAAAAACAGCAUAUGCGGACUUUAUG